AUGGAUAUAAUUCAAGAGCUUAUAAAUUCUAGUGAUGAUUCAAGUGAAGACGAAGGUAAUAGAAGAGUUUACAAAGAACGGUCUAACUUUAAUGUUGUUGGUGACUUUCAAUUCAAAGAAGCUUUUAGGUUAAAUCGAACACAAGCAGAGUUUGUUUUGUUAAAAAUUGGUGAUCUACUUAUACCGUCAACUAACCGCAGUAAGAGGUUGAAUGCUGAACAGAAACUACUUCUGUGCCUGAGUUGGCUGGGAAAAGGAUCACAGUACCACGCAACUGCAGCUAUGCAUGGUGUUUCAAAGUCCAGUGUUUGCAGAACUAUUAAGCAAGUAACCAAGGCUAUAGUCCGAAGAAUGUUUCAAAAUACUGUGUGUUGGCCAGAAGACACAAACGACAUAGCAGUUAAGUUUUUUAGAAAAGGAGGUUUUCCUUCUGUUUGUGGCUGUGUGGAUGGGACGAUGAUAAACAUUGAUGCUCCUUCAGCACACGAGGAGCAGUACGUUAACAGACACGGCAAACACUCUUUAAAUGUAAUGAUGAUUUCCGGGCCUAAGUACGAAGUUUUUGCUGUAAACCCAAACUGGCCUGGAAGUGUACAUGAUUCUCGAGUGUUUCGGAACUCGGCUGUUUACAGGAGUUUUGAAAAUGGUUGGAGACCGUUCCCUGAUGCAGUCAUUUUAGGAGACAGUGCAUAUGGCAUGAAGGAAUGGCUUAUGGCUCCACUUAAUGGAAAUAUUGAAAAUUUGAGGGAAAGAAAAUUCAAUCGUGCCCAUAAGGCUACAAGGAGAAUGGUUGAAAAUACUUUUGGUAUUAUGAAAGAAAGAUUUCCUUGCCUUAACCACUUACGUGUAUCCCCCAGACAUGCAGCAGAAAUUGUGUUAGUUUGCUGUGUACUGCAUAAUGUUGCUUGUUUGGUAGGUAGAGAUGAAAACGAUUUUAUUGUAAUGGAAGAAGAUAUCUAUGAAGAUAAUCAUGUAGAACCAGCUAAUGAUCUCCCAGAUCCAAUUGCUGCUGGUGAUGCAGCUCAAGCAAGGCUUCAGAGACUGCUACAAUUCUUUGAGUAA